GCGCGGGCAGGGCGCAUGCGCGCUCUCACCUCUAUGGUCAUUCCGUGGACUAGAGAAUCCAUCCCCAGCCGGGCGGCUUGUGAUUUCGUCACUUCCGGCGGACUCGGGGAGGUGCUGUCCCGGCGUCCGCCGCGCGCUCCCUCCUUCCGGCGCCGCCGCCAUCAGCAGAGCAGCAGGAUGGCGAUCCGCUACCCCAUGGCCGUGGGCCUCAACAAGGGCCACAAGGUGACGAAGAACGUGUCGAAGCCCAGGCAGUGCCGCCGCCGCGGGCGCCUGACCAAACACACUAAGUUUGUGCGAGACAUGAUCAGGGAAGUCUGUGGCUUUGCACCCUAUGAAAGACGUGCUAUGGAAUUGCUGAAAGUUUCCAAAGACAAACGUGCUCUGAAGUUCAUAAAGAAACGGGUUGGCACUCAUAUUCGGGCCAAGCGAAAGCGGGAAGAGCUCAGUAAUGUCCUGGCAGCCAUGAGGAAAGCUGCUGCAAAGAAGGAUUGAGCUGUUCAGUCUGUAACUCAAUAAAGUCCUUUCUCACAAAA